AGCCUGGCCCAAAGAAGCGCUCAGAAGCAGCGCUGCCGACGGUCCACGCACACAGCGCAAAGUCGCGCUUUCAAAUCCACAUCGUAUCGCAAACUAGCCACGAGGGAAACACUGCGCAGCCAUGGGCGUGGAGACGACGAAGGGCAGGAGGAGCCGAGGUGUUCGCUCCCGCAUUCUCCUGACUGCAAUCUCGUGGCUUUUCUUGCACACGGUACAUCUCUUCACCAUCCCUCACGGGCGGAUUUCACCGAGUCGGCCGGGCUGGAAGGAUUCUCGCGGGCCACAGGUGACACGCUGGCACCCUGGGCGUGGCGGAGUUGCUUCGCGCGCCAGCCCGCAGCAGGACAGUGGUGCGGAGGACUGGCUCGCCAAGAGCUGCGAGGAGGUGGCGUCCUUUGGCGAGGAGGAGGUUCUCACCUGGGCCAAGGCUGUGCUGGCGGCUGGUGGUCUCAAAGGCCCUGCGGAAAACACCAUGAAAGGCAUUGGCCGAGUGCUGAAGAUUCUCAGCGAGAACGAGGUAACCGGCAAGGCUUUGCUGCGGCUCACAGUGGAGAAGAUGAUGGCAGCGCCGUACAACAUCCCUGGCGGCCCCGCGGAAAUUCUGGCUGAGAGGAUCCAGCUGCUGAAGGAGCCCGAGGUCACUGAGCAGGUCGUCACUGCCAAGGACUUCAAUAUCGCUGCUUGCUUGCGACCUUCAGAUGGUGACCGACCCAAAAGGUUCCUAGAGCUGGACUCUUGCGUUGAUGACUGCAUGCAGGCAGUCCAGGACAAUCUGCCACUGGUCACAAAGAGUACGAAGCCGCGAGUGCCUCCUGCCAUGCUCUCCCGCUGCAUGCGCGGCGGCAAGACAACAAUGCUUUUCAAGGUCUUUGACAGGCUGAAGAAGGAGGAGAAACUCCCCAUUUUCAUCAGCUUCAACGGGGAUUCGCUCGUCUCCAAGCUCGAUGGCGAAAAGGUACUGGACACUAUGCUGAGGGCCAUUGCUGUGAGUCUCAUGAAGAACAAGCCCGCAGACAAGAAAGAUGCAGAGCGGGUGCGCUGCAGCGAGAAAGCCUUGAAGGCAUAUCUGGCAGACAAGCAGGACGUCGUCCUCGUCGUGGAUGAGCUGAACGUCUUGCUCAAAGCCAAUCCAACCGAUGGCCACCAAGAUGUGGGGAGAUUCCUGCGAGAGAUGUUCCUUGACCCUGCAGGACGACACCUCGUGUUCAGCACCCACAUCCCCACCAGCACUGGCCUCGAUCAAGUCUUGGGCAAGGGCACAGGAAGCUCUCGUACGGUGAUCCCCAUAAAAAUGCCCAGGUGCGCUGAGGUGCAGAGGCUGAGAGGCAUGCACCCGAACUGCGCGGCCUUGACGCCGUUGGAGGCCGUCUAUUUCGGCUACAUCCCGUCCCUGAUCUACUCGGUCAAGACGGGGGACUUGGACCUGAAGGAGCGGUUCCGGGAUAUCCUACCUGCUGCAAAGUCGGAGAAGCUCCCAAAGUCUUUCCUGUCAGAGUUCUUCACUGGCGAGCGGGGUCCAGACCACGAUCCAGUGCGAGCCUUCGAUGCCCUCACUGAAUCCCCCAAAAGGGGGCAGAUCCGGUGGAUUCUUGCCUAUGUGGGACAGAUGUGCUGCUACCUGGGUUGGAAACAGGUUGGUGCAUGGAUCGAGGAGCUCCCGAGCUGGUCGGGAAAGGUUGAGAGCGGCCAAGACUGGGAGACCGUGUUGCUGGUCGCUCUGUGCCUUCGAUGCUAUGAGGCCAAGUACAGCGAGCCCCACGAGCUGCUGGGACUGGCAAAAGGGGCUCUACGGCCCGCCGCGGUGUAUGUGGAGAAGGUGCCGCAGGAAAAUUCUACCAACCCAGAAGUCAUACUGGCCUGGUGGAAGGGGCAGCGGAUCAGAACAUACCCCUACAUAGCGGUGCUGUCGCCCACUUUUUCUAAAACGGAAAUCGUGGACGCCAUGUGGAUAUAUCAAGAGAGCGCAACGGCCAGUUGCCUGGUGAGGGGCAUGCAAGCCAAACUAGGCAGCACCUACCCGACGCAGGAUAUGCCCCUUGGCAUGCUGGGGUUGCUGUUCCGAGGCAAGGCGCCGGAGACCUCCGGUAACUUGGCAAGGCAACGGUGGAAGUAUCUAACUGCGAGCGAGAUUCAGAGUUUUCUGGGCAAAUCUUUGACGGCUGCUUGUCCCGCUCACUGGCCCAACGUGACACCAUGAGCCCUGACAGCGUUGUGUCUUCCUUGUCUCAGAGCCUUUUGGUACAGCGUAUUCAGUUUCGU